AAAAUAUUUAAUUCAACGUUGUACUAAUAUUCACUUUUAUCAGCAUGAAGACUAUUGCGGCUCUGUUACUUAUUGCCGCCGUGGCAUCAGCUAUCGAGUGGACCGAUCUUCGUGUGAAAUGGGAAUUUUGGUUGCUCGACCCAUUCCACUGGUCGAGUUAUUAUCAGAUGCCACGCACAAAAGCUGAUGCCAUUUCCAAUGACUGGGUUGAAGUGUCUGGUCUCAGUUCCUUGGAUUUGACUGGGUAUUGCCUGGAUGGUGACGGUCGCGUUUGUCUUUAUUAUGAUUCCUACGGGAACGUUGCCGCUAUUCAUGCCGGUAUGCUCGUGAGCGAUGUUGCAGAUAUGCAAAGUAUAUACAACAUGUCGGUGUUCAACCAAUAUGAGAUAAAAACGAUAUUCGAAGAAGAGUACUGGACUAGUACUCUCUUAUUCAUAUCCCCUGACGAUAUUGCAGCUGGUGGUCGCGACGAAACGAAUGAUCUCACCGGCACUGAAGGAAUAUGGUUCGUAACCACGGACGGAUAUAUAACAAUUCCCAGGAAUGUAUCAGAUUGGGAUUCUGCAUGGACGAAAGAAAACUGCAUUCCUGAAAUGGGCACUCACUAUUACUACGCGAUGAAUACAUCAACCGAGUGUACAGCCUUCCAGCCUUGGUUCUUGUUGGAACAAGAUGGCGAGCUGAGCGGUGUCGGACUACAGGGAUUCGGAUCAACGACUUACAAAAGCCGAAACUGGUAUGAGGAGGUUCCAGCCGCCGCUAUCAGGCCCACAAUCCCGACGACCUCAGAUUGUGUCGUAGAAUGGGCUGCCGAAUACGGUGUAAUUUCAAUGCACAUUUACUUCACUUCCAAACCAUGGGAAUACUGGUGCUAGUUGCAGAAAUCCAGGUGCAAAAAUGUUUAUGGCUGAAUAAAAUUCUAUGAUUAUUGUGAAACAAUUA